AUAGCCCACAGAGGGGCUUCUGCGGAGCUUCCAGAGCACACCCGGGAAGCGUAUGAGCUGGCGGUGGCUGAGGGUGCCGACUUCAUUGAAUGCGACGUAGUGCUGACGAGGGACCUGGUGCCGCUGUGCCGUCAUGAACCCAACAUGGUCGCCUCAACGGACGUGGCCACAAAAUUCCCGAACCGCUGGCGCACCUACGUCAUUGACGGCGAGCAAGUGACGGGCAUUUUCAGUGUGGACCUCACAGCCGCGGAGGUGGCAACGUUACGUGCCGUACAGCCCUGGCCGUUCCGGGAUCAGUCGUACAAUGGCAGGUUCCGCGUGGCUACGCUGGCGGACUAUUUAGAGGUGGCGCUGGCCGCCAACCGCAGUGUAGGAAUUUAUCCGGAGACCAAGCACCCCUCCUGGACCAACUCCCUGCCCUGUGUGCGAGCCGCCAACACCACCCUGGAGGACAUACUGUUGGCAGCUCUGUCAGCUGCAGGUUUCGGAGCCCCCCUGGGCAGUGAGGCCUGGGCUCGGCGACCCGUCUUCCUGCAGAGCUUCGAAGCGAGCAGUCUGCGCUACCUGGCUGCCCGCACCUGCGCCCCCACAGUGCUGCUGCUGGGCGAC